GCCCAACAAAAGAAAAGUGAUCUUCUUUCACCUUUUUCUCUUUCUUUUGCUUUUGAAUUUUUAAACCUAAAACCAGAAAAAAAGCAAUAAGAUUGCAUUCUUCAAAAUAAAAUACAAUCUAUUUCUUGGUUCAUAUCCCUAAGGCCAGUUAGUAGAUAUAAUGUUGAUACCAACACAAAUAUAUCCCCUUGUAUUGCAAAUUCCUUCAUAUAUUCUCUCUUCAAUGAAAAGAAAAACCCCACUUUGAAAAACAUGCAUAAUCUCAAGAAGAUUGUUCUACUUUUGUUCUUGGUUUCAACUUUUCUUUUAUCAACUUCAAUGGCAGGUCGCCAAUCUAAGUUCGUCAAUAUGUUGGCUGAGGAAGUUGAUGCAGCUUUUGAGGAGAUAAGUGUCGAAGGCGAAGCAAUCCAUGAAAGGCUGCUUAGAGCAAAUACUAAAGACUAUGGAAGAUAUGAUCCAACACCAGCUCUUGUGAAGCCUCCUUUCAAGCUUAUUCCUAAUUAAUCAAUCAUGUUGGUGCAUCAUGUAGCAAUAUAUAUCGGUAUAAAUGAAGCUUUGCCCUAUGCUUCAUUUGUGUACUUGAAGAAAAUGAAGCAAUAUAUAUAUAAUUAGAUAAAAUAUAUAGUAUUUAGCAAUAAACCUAUAUAUAGAGAGAUAAUGUAUUAUAUAUAUAUAUAUAUAUCAUAUAUUAUAAUACUAAGUUUCCAGGCUUAAUGCUUCAUGCAUGUUAAAGUACAAUGAAAGGCACUCAUGGCAUGUUUGGGAUAUCAUUUUAUGAUUGAAUCAUGUCGUGAUCACGUUCAUUUAAUGUUAAAUAUUACUAUUUUAUGUGAAAUGUGUGUUGAGAUGUUGAA